UUAAUUAGUCUUAAGCGUUGAGGUAUUUGGGUAGAGGCCAAAGUGCUUAAAUAUAGCUGAGCGUUUUCCCUCCUCCUCCUCCUCCUCAGCUCCGGGGCUCAUGUUGGACUGGAGUAGUAGCUUCCACUGGCUUGUGUUAUAGAUCAUGGCUGGCUUGCAGAAGCUGCGCGUGGCCGUGGUGGGCGCAGGGGCGGCGGGGCUGUGCGCCGCACGUCACCUCCUCGCGCGCCAGGACCUGUUCGCACCGCCGGUGAUGUUCGAGAUCACCAAGCACGUGGGCGGCACGUGGGUUUACGAAGAGCGCGUGGGCCGCUAUGACAACGGCCUGCCUAUCCACAGCAGCAUGUACAGGGACCUCAGAACCAAUAUUCCCAAAGAGGUCAUGUCAUUUCCUGAUUUCCCCUUCGCAAAGCAUCUUCCUUCGUUUGUCCAUCAUACAGAAGUGCGCAAGUACAUCGAGCAGUACUGUGAUCAUUUCCGCCUUUGGGACCACAUCAGGUUUGGCACGAAUGUGGACGCAGUGGACCCAGUAAACGUGAAGAGUGGCUGGAAAGGUUUGGCAUGGGACAUCACCAGCAGUGAUAGUGUGGACCGGAGCAAAUCCAUCACAGAGCGCUUUGAUGCUGUUAUGGUGUGCAAUGGACAUUUCUUUGACCCGUACAUCCCUGAUAUACCUGGACUGAAGAAGUUCAAAGGUAUGUUGAUGCAUAGCCAUGAUUAUCGGAGUGCAGAGCCCUUCGCAGACAAGUCAGUGCUGGUGCUCGGUGCUGGUCUUUCUGGGCUGGACAUUGCUAUGGAACUCGCCAACGUCAAUGCUAAGGUGAUCCUAAGUCAUGGUCAGAAGCCCCUGACUUGCCCCAUGCCCCAGGGAGUGGAACAGGCUCCUCCAGUAAGCAAAGUGCUGGAGGAUGGCACUCUGGAAUUUCAGGAUGGGAAGCAAGCAGAGCCAGAGGUGUUUUUGCUCUGCACAGGCUACAACUUUGUCUUCCCUUUUCUGAAUGAGCAAAUCGGAGUGCAGGUGAAAGAGCACUUGGUCUAUCCUCUCUACAAGUUUCUGAUACCUCCUGCCUAUCCAUCACUCUUCAUUGUAGGCAUCUGCAGAGCCAUAUGUCCCUUUCCACACUUCCACAUACAGUCUCAGUUUGCCAUCUCUGUGCUGGAUGGUUCGUUCUCCCUCCCCUCACGUGAAGAAAUGGAAAAGGAUUUUGAGCUGGACGUGGCUGCUUGUCGAGCUCGUGGUGUCGCCACCCGACACAUCCUCAAACUGGACUCUGAACAGUGGGCCUAUAAUGACCAUUUAGCCCACUUGGGUGGCUUCCAGCCCCUUCCUCGCUACUGGAGCAAUCUGUAUGAGUCCAACAAGGUUUUCCGUACCCGGGAUAUGCUCAACUAUAAAACCUACAACUAUAAUGUACUCAGUGAGACAGAGUGGAUGGUGCAGAAUCUGCAAGGACAACAGGUGGAAAAACCACAACUUAAACAUAUAUAAUUAGAUCAGUGAAGGCAUUUACUAUGCACCCUUCAAUUGAAAAUGAAUGUAGUAGCUUAUUACUAUAUUUGAGUUACUGUGUCAAAUUAGUACUUUCUGACUACUGGUAUUAGAGACUGAUGCCAGUUUAGCAACUUGAACUACUCAGGGCUCAGUGCCACAAAACCAACACAGCAGGGGGUACCAUUUAUAUAAUAGAGUGAGCAUCUCAUUAAACGUUUUCUCUACCAUUUUACAUGAUCUUACCUUUAUUAUGGUUAUAGAUAACUCGGCCAUAUACAUUAAAAGAAAUUUUAAAAAAUACUCAAUUCAGUUUCUGUUUUAAUUUUACUUACAUUUUACAGCUAACGGUGUUUAUACAACUCCUAUUUCAUGAGUGAAAAUGUUUAAAAUUUUAUGCAUUUUGCUGUAUGGUUGACUAAAAAUUCACUAGUUACACAAACAUUGUUGUAACUCUCUGGGCAGUCUUGCAGGAUAUAUAUAUAUAUAUAUAUAUAUAUAUAUAUAUAUAUAUAUAUAUAUAUAUAUAUAAUUUGUAGUUUGUCUAUAAAAAAAACUUAAAAUCAAUUUGGCAAACUUCAAAAGCGUACGAAAACUUUACAAAAAUGUUCCCAGAAUUAGUUUUUGUAGUUACAAAAAUUGUACCUAAAAGUACCUUUGGUGAAAGUUCUUUGUCAGUUGUCAUAUAACCAUGAGAGAACCUUGUUUUAAAGUUCCUUUAAAACGCUUUGGGAACUGCUCUUUCGAUGUUAACCAAAAUAAAUGCUCCCAGAACGUUAUGAAAUAAGAGCCAAAGUGGAACCAAAUGCUAACUUUGAGGAAGGAACUAACCCUUGCAGGGUGGCGCACAGUAACACUGCUCAACGUGACGUCAUAAUACGACUAGUAUUCACAUUACAAGAUGAGGGACAGGACUGAGGGAGAUUAAUGGUGCUGCUGAAAAGGCACCGCUGGGAUUCGAACCCAGGAUCUCCUGUUUACUAGACAGGCGCUUUAACCAACUAAGCCACGGCGCCGCGGGUAUAGGGUUAAAUCAGAGUAUCAUGAACACGCAUCACGCGUGUCGUCGUUCUAAUGGGCCAAAGGUUAUUUGAACCUUUAGGUUCAAAUAUAGGUUUUGAAUCCUUAGGUUCAAAAAUAGGUUCAACGUUUACGUUCAAAUAACCUUAAGGACUAUUAAAGGUUAUUUGAAAUGUAAUGCACAGUCAAACAAAGUGUGCUAUUCAGUCAGAAAUAGAUACAAAUUACUAACUACCUGCUAUCUUGCUGCCUACAGUUUUAAUCGUGUGUCCACAACACAGCCAUCUAGCUAUUUUAAAAUAGUGAUCCUAAUAAACGUUAGGUGUGGUGAGAUAAAUAAUGAUAUAACACCAAUUAUAGUAACACUCUGAUUGACUGACUGACUGACUGACUGAUUGAUUGAUUUCUGAUUUGUUGAAUACAUGUAACUAGUGCCCUAUUGGGUGGAUUUAUUAUUCUGUUGUUCCCUUCUCAGCCACAUAGUGGCAGCAACAUUGUAAUUAAAAAUGAUAACUGACGUGAA